GGUCUGGACGGGUUCCGCGUUUCGGGGGUUCUAAAAGGCCGAGGCCCUAUUGAGUCAAAUUCCAAGGUUACCGUUGUUUAGAUUUCUCCAUCGAAAUAGGGAACCAGAGAAGCGAGUGGAGUAUUCUAAGAGCUUCUUAGAGAAUUCAAGGUCAAGCUCCGUCGAUGGCGGAUUUGCAGAAUGUUCUUCAAGAUCGCGGCUUAAGCGUAUCUAAUCUCCCAGAUAAAGGUCGCUGUCUGUUCACUUCCAGAGAUUUUCGUCCAGGGGAGGUGAUUCUACGACAAGAGCCUUAUGUGUUUGUACCGAGUAAUGGCUCCAAGGAAUCAAGGUGCGACGGAUGUUUGACGACCAUUAACCUCAAGAAAUGCUCCGGUUGUCAAGUGGUAUGGUACUGUGGGAGCUCAUGCCAGAAAUCGGAGUGGAAGUUGCAUCGCCUUGAAUGCCAAGCUCUCUCUAGGCUUGACAAGGACAAGCGGAGGUCUGUUACUCCUACCAUCCGUCUGAUGGUGAAACUCUACCUUAAGAGAAAAUUACAAAAUGAACAGGUCAUCCCAAUGACGAUUACAGACAAUUACGGUCUGGUGGUGGCUUUGGUGUCCCACAUGUCUGAGAUCGAUGAGAAGCAGAUAGUGUUGUAUGCACAGAUGGCAAAUCUUGUGAAUUUGAUCCUUCAGUUUCCUGAUAUUAACCUAAAAGAAAUUGCUGAAAACUACUCCAAGUUCUCAUGCAAUGCUCAUACCAUUUGUGAUUCCGAACUGAGACCUCAGGGCACAGGACUAUUUCCUCUGAUUUCCAUCAUUAAUCACAGCUGCUUACCCAAUGCGGUUUUAGGGUUUGAAGGGAGAAUAGCUGUUGUCCGAGCCAUGGUACAUAUACCUAAAGAGUCUGAGGUUACAAUUAGCUACAUUGAAACGGCAGGAAGCACCAUGACUCGGCAGAAGGCUCUCAAAGAACAAUACCUCUUCAGUUGCAAAUGUGUCCGUUGUGAUAAAAUGGGCCAGCCUGAUGAUAUUGAAGAAAGUGCGAUUUUGGAAGGGUAUCGAUGUGCAGACGAGAAAUGCAAUGGAUUCUUACUCCGUGACCCAGAUAACAAAGGCUUUGUUUGCCAGAAGUGCAGCCUUCUCAGGAACAAGGAAGAGAUAAAAAAGUUGGCCAGCGAAGUACAAUCAAUUUCUGAAAGGGCCCCUUCAUCUCUUUCCCCAGAAAACAAGCAGGAAGCUAUCAAAUUAUAUAAGACGAUCGAGAAACUACAAACGAGGCUGUGCCAUCCUUUUUCCAUCGCUUUAUUGAGAACCCGUGAAAGCCUUUUAAAGAUGCUGAUGGAAGUAGAAAACUGGAGAGAAGCUUUGACAUGCUGCAGGCUAACACUCCCUGUGUACCAAAGAGCUUAUCCACCGACUCAUCCUUUAACCGGACUGCAAUAUUAUGCCUGUGGGAAGCUCGAAUGGUUGUUGGGGGAAACCGAGGAGGCUUUAAGUUCGCUGACGAAGGCAUCGGAAAUUUUGCGGAUUAGUCACGGAACAAGCACGCCGUUCAUGAAGGAACUCUUCGGCAAGACAGGGGAAGCACGGGCUGAAGCUUCCUAUAAGCAGCGUUCGUCAGAUGAAGGCGACGAUUAGCAAGCAAGCAAAUUCUGGUCAUUUUUCCAUACCAAAUGGGAUUCCCCAGGUGAAAACACUUAUCUUUGGAGUUUUGGUAAUUGUUUUGAAACUUAGAAUCCGUACGGAUGAAUCUUAUUAGAGCUAAAACUGUGCAUUGGGGAAUUCUCGAAUUAUGUUGUGAUCAAAGCUUUCAGUCAAAGAAAUUUCUUCUUAAA